AAAUCGCGAUCCAUCGCCAGAGAAAGGGAAGAGGAGAGGCGAUGGCGACGAAAGGAAAGGAAGAAGAUCCGGCGCUGGGCGUGCCCUACGGCUACGCUUAUGGCCCUCCGCCGUCGCAGCCUCCGCCACCGCCACCACCUCCGCCGCAGGUGUAUUACGUGGGUCAGAACCCUUACCAGGCGGGGAUGAUCCCGCCCAAUGCGGUAUACGGCGACCCGAAAGGGAUUCCCUUACAGCAGACGAUGUUCCGAGACACGCCUGCACCCUUCCAGUGUGUUUAUUGCGGGUCCUCCGGCCUCACUACCAUCAGAUCAAAACCGAGCCUGGCAGCUGCUGUUGGUUGCAUGAUGCCAUUUAUGCUGGGAGUUUGCUUCCUUUGCCCAUCCAUGGACUGCUUGUGGCACAAGUACCAUUACUGCCCUAGCUGUGGACAAAAGGUCGCUGACUUUGAGAAAUCAGACCCGUGUUUGGUUAUGGAUCCACCAAGUUGGCGGGAGCCGAGUUUUGCUGUCCCCGCAUAGUGACUCGCGGCAUGAUCCUCCAUCGUUGCUGUUCUAGUUAAUUCCGCCAUGUGCUUUACUUGUAACUAAAUGUUUUGCAUAAACUAUCCAAGUGAUUUGUAAUUGAAAUGUGCACUUCUAUUGCUAUCUUUAAAAUGGGUGGUAGAAAGAGAUAGAUAUCAGAAUAAACUGCAAUAUUUGGCA